AGAGAUCUUGAGUAAUGGAAAAAUAAUCCAACUAAAUAAUUAGGGAAAAUAUUAGUGAUCAUAAAAUAAAGUAAUAUGGAAUUGAAAAUUUCCAUGUAUGAUUCAUGGAAAUUACUCACUCUUGGAACUUUAGUGGGGUGUCUACUCUUUCUUGUUUUAGAUAAAACACAUCAAAAUAUAAGUCUUUCUAUUGCAAGAUUUGCUAGUUUACCCAUAAAAGCUUCAAAUUUUAACAUCAAUUAUUCAGUAGGAAUACCAAAUGAAAAAACCAAACAGAAUUGUAAUAUAUUUGAUGGAAGAUGGGUUUACAAGCCAGAAGAUCGAAAUGCUAGCUAUGAUGCUCGCAAUUGCCCUUUCGUCGAAGAGAAGAUGAGCUGCCAUAAGAAUGGAAGGCCCGAUUUCGAGUUUUUGAAGUGGAGAUGGGAAGCUAAUGAUUGUGAGAUACCAGUGUUUAAUGGAAAAGACAUGUUGGAAAGACUUCGAAACAAAAGGGUGAUCUUAGUAGGGGAUUCACUCAACAGAAAUAUGUGGGAAUCUCUUGCUUGCCUCCUACAUUCUUCCAUACCUUCCUCAAAUGUGCAACUUCGUGACAAUAGCAAAGUCCCUAGGCUUUUCUGGAAAGCAAAGGACUACAACAUGACCGUUGAGUUUUAUUGGAGCCCAUUUCUCGUCGACUUAAACCUAAACCAUGAAAGCGGAAAAACGGUUCUUGUGCUCGACAAGCUUUCACCCAACUCCGAAAUGUGGACCGGAGCUGAUGUUAUGGUGUUCAACUCGGGCUUUUGGUGGGUGCAACCCGGUUCAGCCAAAAGAUGGGAUUACAUUGAAUACAAGGGGAAGCUAAUACAAGAAAUGUCAAUGGAGCAAGCGUAUGAAACGGGCAUGAAAACAUGGGCAAAUUGGAUCGAGAAAAAUGUGGAUCCAAAUAAAACCACUGUUUUCUUUCGAAGCAUUUCGGCCGAGCACAAAACUAAGACUCCUGAAAAAUGGUGUUACAAUAAAACCAAACUCGCCUUAGUUGAUUACUAUGCAGCUGUCUACCCUAAAAUUUUAGUAGACAUUAUAGAGAGAUUGAUAAAACGGUUUAGUAAGUCUCAAGUAAAAUACUUGAACAUUACGAAACUAUCUAGGUAUCGGAUUGAAGCUCAUCCCGGUAUCUAUAGGUAUAAGGAUUGGAAGAAUCUCACCGAGCAUACGGAUGAUAUAGUCACUCUUCGUCCUGAUUGUAGUCAUUGGUGUCUUCCUGGUGUUCCUGAUACUUGGAAUAAAUUAUUGUAUGCUUCACUUUUUUUUGAUUUGUGAUAUGAAGAGCUACAAAUAAUGUCGAGUUUAACAUAUUAAUUACCAUGUUUCACAUAUCUUUGUCAUUUAAUUACAAGGAGGAAAUUUACUUUUAAGUAGUGUCGUUUAUAGGCGGUUAUAAUAUGUCUUGCAUUAGUUACUAGACUUCAACGAAGUAAAAACGACAUAUUAUUUGUUAAAUAUGUGGGCUAAGAUUAUUUGUUUUUGUGCCUAUUUUAUAUUUGUUUUCAGUUUUGAGGGUAUUCGAUGUACAUGGUCCCUUAGGAUUUUACUGUCCGUGGAUAUAGCUAACUAUUAUGAAUUACGUUCAACAUAAAUAAAACACUUGUCUCGUUCGUUGAUAUUAGGUAACAAACCGUCAGUGAACCACGUUGAAUUUUGUGUUCAUGUUUGUUGUU